AUGUCCACCAUUGAAAACAUGAUUAUACUCGGAGCUCACGGUAGAGUUGGUCAAUAUUUGAUCAAAUUAGUUGCUAAACUGAACAUCAAGGCCAGAACUUCCGCUCUCAAGGGUCACGAUGCUGUUAUUUUAGCCGUUGGCUCUGGUGGAAAGAACUUGUUGCAAGUGGAUUUGGAUGGUUAUGUUGAAGUUUUUGAAGCCAACAGUAGAAGCAAAUACACUACGCAGACCGUAUUUUUAAUUGAUGAGGUGGAACGGAAGUUGGACUACACGAUUGUGAAACCUACAUGGUUGACAGAUGAGUCACCUACGGGAAAGAUCAAAGUUUUGAAAGGUAUCAUUGAAGACCCUGGAACUGUCACGAGAGCUGAUGUUGCGCAAGUUCUUUUCGAUGUGCUCAACUUUAAGGAUACAUUUGGCAAGAGCUUCGACAUUGCCAAUGGAGACAAAAGCAGCAACGAUCCUAGAACUUAUCAAUAG